AUGCUGCGCCCAGCCCUUGCCCUCCUGCUGGGGGCGGCCCUGCUGCUCGCGGCCGACGCCUUUAACCCCACCGACGACAAGCCCAAGGGCCGUCUGCUGCUGUCCGAGCCCUCCACCACUACCGCCGGGCCCGUGCCCGCCGCCGCAACGCCCGAAUCCUCGUCGGUGGAGCCAGCUGGGCCGCUCGCCAAGCCGAAGCCCAAGCACUCCCCUUCCGCGUCUCCGCACACCAAGCCCAGCCACUCUCCGCACCCCAAGCCCAGGCACUCCCCCAAGCACUCCCCCAAGCACUCCCCCAAGCACUCCCCCAAGCACUCCCCUACUGCGCCUGUGCUAACCAAGCCCGAGCACUCCCCCGCCGCCGCCGCCGCCGCCCCUGUCAAGGGCAACGAGGGCCGCCGCCUGCUUCAAAACAUCCCUGUCGCCCCGGCGCAGUCGCAUGCCCACACGGACCCGCCUGGGGCCGACCCGCCAGUUUACUUUACCGACCACAGGCCUCUCAACCACCCCGAGCACCACUGCGGCCGCCACCUGCGCGCCUCUUUCAUGGGUGUGUGA